AUGCGGCAGCAGCAGCAGCAACAACAACAGCAACAGCAGCAGCAACAACGGCAGCAGCAGCAACAGCACAACAGAACACCAGCAGCAGCAGCAGCAGCAGCAGCAGCAGCAGCAGCAGCACCAUAUGAUCUGAAAUUGUUCUGGAUCGCCGUUGGUCGUCUCCACAGCAGCAAGAACAGGACACCUGAGAAGCAGCAGCAGCAGCAGCAGCAGCAGCAGCAGCAGAAGCAGCAGCAGCAGCAGCAGAAAAGGAAAGACAGAGAGAUAAAUGAAGACAGACAAAGAGAGACAGAAAAAAAAAAAUAUAAAAAAGAAAAAGGAGACAGCACGCCUGCUGCUUUAUUUUCCUUUGCUUUUGCUGCUGCUUCUGCCUUUCUUUUCUUUUUGUCUUUUGCUGCUGCUGCUGCUGCAGCAGCAGCAGCAGCAGACGGAGAAGAAGCAGAGAGGCAGCAAGACAGCAGCAACCGCUCCAGCAGCGACGACACCUUUUCUAAGAAACAAAAACAGCAGCAGCAGCAGCAGCAACAGCAGCAGCAGCAGCAACAGCAACAGCAGCAGCAACGGCAGCAGCAACAGCAGCAAGAAAACCGCCAUUAG